CUGUCGUCCUCAACUUUGUCCUGGAAGGUCAAAAGAUGUUACCAGUCAGUGGUCUCCCAUCCUCUUUUCAUACUCCAGGCCCAAUCAAACGGCAGGAAUUAUAUGAGUUUCCUGUCUCUUUCCUUGACGAUGUUUCUGAUUUCUAUGGCUUUCUUCUGCCCUUUAUAAACCCCCAUCUGCACUCUCUUGUGAUGUAUCUUCGCAUUGUAGUUUUGAUAUAUCCUUCUCAUUCUCAUUGCCAAUUUGUUCAAAGUUUAUUUGGGGUUUCAUUUCGUUCAGGUGUCAAGUUCAGGUUCUUAUUAGUUCUUAAGUUCAAAAUGGAGCAUGAAAACAAGUAUCAGCUUGUUGCAGCAGCAAAAUACGAGUGUCUUCUCUUUGAUGUGGAUGAUACCCUUUAUCCUCUGAGUUCUGGUUUGUCCAAGGCAUGCACCAAGAAUAUCGAAGAAUUCAUGAUUCAAAAGCUUGGAAUAGAAGGAAACAAAGUCACAGAGAUUAAUCGUGUGCUAUACAAAAAUUAUGGGACAUCAAUGGCUGGUCUCAGGGCUGUUGGUUAUAACUUUGACUAUGAUGACUACCAUAGCUUUGUUCAUGGGAGAUUACCCUACGAGAACCUGAAACCUGAUCCUGUCAUGAGGAGUCUUUUGCUUAGCUUGCCAAUUCGCAAAGUUAUAUUCUCUAAUGGAGAUGACGUCCAUGUGGCUAAAGUUCUAAGGAAACUUGGUUUGGAGGAUUGCUUUGAAAGGGUGAUAAGCUUUGAGACACUUAACCCCAUCAAUGGAAGCAGUACUUCAGAUGGAGAAGACAGCUUGAAGUUGAGAGCCUUAAGUGCUAAAAUUCUUGAUGCCACCAAUUUGCCUUGCCAAUCAGCACUUCCAGAAAGCCCAAUAAUCUGCAAACCAUUUGAAAAUGCAUUUGAACAAGCCUUCAAGAUAGCUAACAUCAACCCUCAAAAAACACUCUUCUUUGACGACAGCAUCCGCAACAUACAAACAGGAAAACAAAUAGGCCUCCACACUGUGUUGGUGGGCACUUCCCAGAGAACAAAUGGAGCAGAUUAUGCAUUAGAGAGCAUACACAACAUCAGGGAAGCACUCCCAGAGCUGUGGGAAGCAGAUAACAAGAAAUUAGAAGGUGUAAGGUAUUCUGGAGAGGUUGCAAUCCAGACAUCAGUGAUGGCCUAGCUGCUUCCUGAUCAACAGCAAAAUGUCAAAAUCAAAAUUUCACAAAAUUUCAACUAUCCCUCUUAACAUUUUGUCUCCACAGCCACUUUUUGUCCUCAAUGUGGAAUUUGUAUCUUUCACUUUAACCAUCAAUAAAAAGUUAUCUUUUCUUGAUUCA